AUGAAUGGGUUCAUUGACUACAGUAACAGUAAUAAUGGUACUAGUAGUAGUAAUAAUAGUAAGAAUGGCGACUACGCAAUGUACAUGUGUGGAGAAGUGCCUACUUCCUAUCCUAAUGGUGUGUUUGUCCCUGUAGAGAAUGUAAACAAACGAGGAAUGGAGAAUGAAGAAGAAGAACAACAACAACAGCAACGAGAACAGGAAAAUAAAGAGCAAAUGACAAACAUUCAUUCCUAUACAAAUAUGUACAUUUGCCCAGCAGCAGCGGAUGCCGCACGGAACUCCUCACGUGAGUUACUACAGGCCUUGUUAAGAAGAUCCGACUCCGCACAAAUCCAAUAUACCCCACAAGAUCAAUUAUUCCAACAAUUAUUUCAACAACAAGUUCAACAGGAAAGUAUUCCGCUUGCGAUUACAUGGCAUCCAACAAAUAUACCGCCCUCUUCAUUUCAGUCAUUACCACACAAGAAACGAACCCGUGAUGCCGUCUCUUUUUAUCCACCGAAUGUAAAUGUUAGU